CCUAUAUGGAACUGGAUGGAAUUUUUGUUUCUCGCUUUCUGUUUUGUUGCAGCCCUAGUGUCAAGAGGAUACAGUCCUGGUCAGACCUUUAAUAGGAAGGGUGAUGGUGGGGUUGGGAUUGUCCCAUCUGUCCUCCUCCUCUUCCUGUAUAACACCUUCUUGGGUUUUAUUCCUCCCCCAUCCCUUUCUUUCUUUCAGCUUGGAUUUCUCAGUACCACCAUGGCUCAGCCGGAACAGAAGGCCCCGAGUAUCCCUGGCAAAUACCACCAUGUUGACCGUGUCACCGGCCAGGUGCUGAUCUGUGACAAGUGUCCGGCAGGAACCUAUGUGUCUGAACACUGUACCAACACAAGCCUGCGUGUCUGCAGCCGCUGCCCCGUGGGGACCUUCACCAGACACGAGAAUGGCAUAGAGAGAUGCCACGAGUGUACUCUGCCAUGCCCCUGGCCGAUGGUGGAGAAAUUACCUUGUGCUGCCUUGACUGACCGAGAAUGCACUUGCCCACCUGGCAUGUUCCAGGCGAAUGCUACCUGCGCCCCCCACACGGUGUGCCCUGUGGGUUGGGGGGUGCGGAAGAAAGGGACGGAGGCCGAGGACGUGCGGUGCAAGCAGUGCGCUCGGGGUACCUUCUCUGAUGUGCCUUCCAGUGUGAUGCGAUGCAAAGCCCACACAGAUUGUCUGAGUCAGAACCUGGUGGUGAUCAAACCGGGGACCAAGGAAGCAGACAACGUCUGCGGCCCGCUUCCGUCCUCCAGCCCAGCCCCGCCUUCCCCGGGCACAGCCAUCUUUUCACGCCCCGAGCACACGCAACCCCACCUCGUCCCUUCCUCCACUUACGUUCCCAAAGGCACGAACUCAACAGAAUCCAACUCUUCUGCCUCUGUUAGACCAAAGGUGCCGUCGAGCGGCAUCCGGGAGGGGACCGUCCCUGACAACACAAGCUCAGCGAAGCGGGAGGAAGGCAGGAACCAGACCCUCCCCAGCCUCCAGGUCGUCAGCCACCAGCAAGGCCCCCACCACAGACACAUCCUGAAGCUGCUGCCGUCCAUGGAGGCCACGGGGGGCGAAAAGUCCAGCACGCCCCUCAAGGGCCUCAAGAGGGGCCACCCCAGGCAGAACCCCCACAAGCAUUUCGACAUCAAUGAGCAUCUGCCCUGGAUGAUUGUGCUCUUCCUGCUGCUGGUGCUUGUGGUGAUAGUGGUGUGCAGUGUCCGGAAGAGCUCCAGGACACUGAAGAAGGGGCCGCGGCAGGACCCCAGCGCCAUCGUGGAAAAGGCCGGGCUGAAGAAGUCCAUGACCCCAGCCCCGCAGCGGGAGAAGUGGAUCUACUACUGCAACGGCCACGGUAUUGACAUCCUGAAGCUUGUAGCAGCCCAAGUGGGCAGCCAGUGGAAGGAUAUCUAUCAGUUUCUGUGCAAUGCCAGCGAGAGGGAGGUGGCCGCGUUCUCCAACGGCUACACGGCGGACCACGAGCGGGCGUACGCGGCGCUGCAGCACUGGACCAUCCGCGGCCCCGAGGCCAGCCUGGCCCAGCUCAUCAGCGCGCUGCGCCAGCACCGGCGCAACGACGUCGUGGACAAGAUCCGGGGCCUGAUGGAAGAUACGGCCCAGCUGGAAACGGACAAGCUGGCCCUCCCGAUGAGCCCCAGCCCCCUCGGCCCGAGCCCCAUGCCCAGCCCCAACACGAAACUUGAGAACUCCACGCUCCUGACGGUGGAGCCCUCCCCGCUCGACAAGAACAAGGGCUUCUUCGUGGACGAGUCCGAGCCCCUUCUGCGCUGCGACUCCACGUCCAGCGGCUCCUCGGCCCUGAGCAGGACCGGCUCCUUUAUAACCAAAGAAAAGAAGGACACAGUGUUGCGACAGGUCCGCCUGGACCCCUGCGACUUGCAGCCUAUUUUUGACGACAUGCUCCACAUUCUGAAUCCCGAGGAGCUGCGGGUGAUUGAAGAGAUUCCUCAGGCUGAGGACAAACUGGACCGGCUAUUUGAGAUUAUUGGAGUCAAGAGCCAGGAAGCCAGCCAGACCCUCCUGGACUCUGUUUAUAGCCAUCUCCCCGACCUGUUGUAGAACUCAAGGGACACCGCACUCUGGAAAUUUACUCAGUUUAGUGGCAGGGUGGUGUUUUUUCUCUUUUGUUUUGUUCUUAACUUUUGUUUUUGGGGUGGGUGUGUGUGUGUGUUUAUGUGUGUGUGUGUUUAACAGAAUAUAUGGCCAGUGUUUUGAGUUCAUUCAUUCUUUCUUUUCUAAAACCCUUCUGGAAAAUUAGCUUAUAAGCCUUUUCAAGAUGUAACUUUUGCAGAAUAUCCACCACUACAGGUUUUUUUUUAAGUUCCGUAUUUUCUUUGCUUUGCCUUCUUACGUAUUCUCAAAAUCAUUCUGUGCACUUUAAAUUCACUUAAUAUACCACAAAUGCAGUGCGGGUGAGGCUCUUAAUGUCUUAAAAGUGUCAUGGCAUCUUGUGAAUUCUAUAAGUGGUCUUCACAUCUCAACAUCCACGUCUGCUUUUUUUUUUUAAUUAUUAUUACUAUUUUAUUAUUUGUCAUUUACGAAUUUUCUGAAGGGUUCAAGCAAUGUAAGACCCGUUGAGUUACUGUAAUACAAUUAGAUUUUGAGUUAUCUUUUUAAUAUGCCUUGUUGUAUAGUUCAUAUUCAUGGCCGAAACUUGACCACACUGUCGCUGAUUGUACGUUUUCACCUGGACACCGUGCAGAACGCUUGAUUACUUGUGCUCCUCUUAUGCUAAUCUGCUCUGGGCUGGAAACAUGAAAUCCUCACAAGCCAUCACGACUUGCUAUUUGAGUGGCUUGACAACUGGGCCACCAGCGAACUUGAACUUCAUCUUUUAGGGAUCGAGCUGUCCUGGAACAUAUUGCUGCACUUUGGAAAGUCACAACUGAGUGGCGGUCACAACCGGCACCUUUUUUCCAAAGGGGAUUUGCCCAGCUUUGCUUUAAAAGAUGUCUUGUUUUUUUAUCCACACAUAGUCGAUAGGUCCAGGCUGCCCUCUAGGCUUUGGUCUUAGUGGGUUUCCUUCAUUCAAUCACUUUAAUUAAAAAUGGCUGCAGCUCUAAGAACUCUUGUCUGAUGUAUUUGCAACUACACUCCUGUUUAGCGACGUGCUCCCUGAUGCUCGGUUGCCAGAUUCUAAUGCAAAGGUGGUGUGGACUCCCUUUGUGUGGGCGGGGUUUGUGGGUAGUGGAGAGGGACUGAUAACAGAAAAAUGCCUUCAAGUGUACUAAUUUAUUAAUAAAUAUUAGGUGUUUGUUACUUGA